AUGGAUCUACUGUUAUCGCGAGGCGCGGCCAUCAAUUCUGUUGACAACGAGAGAUGGAGUGCUCUGCAUGUGGCGGUUUGCUAUCUGAAUGUGCAAUGCGUGAAAGUGCUGCUGCGUUAUCAUAUCGACGUCAAUCUCCAGAACUCGGAUGGCAACACAGCAUUGCAUAAAUUGCUUCAUGACCCUAUCCCGAUGUGGAAAGGCGCGAUGGACAUAAUCGACGCCAUAUGCUCCUGUGGGAGGGUCGACUUCACGCUGAGGAACGAAUUCGGCUGCAACAUCUUACAUGCCGCCGCGCUCAGGGGCAACGCUGAUGCAAUGGAGAGGCUGGUUACACACGCGCAUCACUUGGUGGAUGUGCAAAUGGAGGACGGAAACGCAGCGUUGCAUUUAGCGGCUUUGAAAGGACACAGGGAAGUCGCGGCCAUCCUCCUCUCGCAGAACGGCGGCCGCGCCAAGGUUGAUCUGCGCAACAAUCUAGGUCAAACGCCGUUGUGCUUAGCGGUUUUGCAUAAACACUGGCCGCUUGUCGAGCUGCUCGCGCAUCAGAAAAUUGCGGAUUUUGAUGGAACGAAUAUGUGCAAUAUCUGCAUGGAGCGUCGUCGUAACGUCGCCUUUCUAUGCGGCCAUUGCGCGUGUGAACACUGCGCCGCUCAGCUGAACACCUGUCACAUGUGUCGCAAGACGAUCACAAAAAAGAUCAAUUUAUAUUAG